UUGGUUGCCUACGUGGCGCGCUAUAAAUGUCAGUUCCUGUCAUGUGCCAUUUUGAGGUUAGACAGUUAUAAAUAAACAAAUCGGAACUUUUCCUAGACAGUUUGUUUCAUAAAAUUUGAACUUCCAACGGCCAAUGUUGUCAUUCGUUUAUUAAAGUGUGGUGCGAAUAUGGUGCCGAAUUUGUUCUAUUGUAUAAUUCCGGCCGUUUUGGCGCUAAUUGGUAUCAGAAAAUUGCGUGAGCGCUCAUGGGGCUAUUGCAGAAAUCGCGUCCCGUUAGAUAACAAGGUGGUGGUCAUAACGGGGGCCAACAGUGGCAUUGGGUUUGAAGUGGCCAAAGAACUGGCCUCCAGAAAUGCCAUGGUAGUGCUGGCUUGCCGGAAAUUGGAUUCGGCAAAGGAAGCAAUUGAAAGGAUCGAACAAGAGCUCAAGAAAAAACUAAAAAUGAGAGCAAUGGAAGUUGACUUGGCUUCUUUGCUAUCAAUCAAGCAGUUUGCCUCAAACGUGCAAAAACUCUACCCAGAGGUGCACAUCCUAGUCAAUAACGCUGGUGUGGCGUAUCCCAAAAAUGAAAAACAUCUCACUAAAGAUGGUUUUGAGAUUCACUUCGGAAUCAAUCAUUUGGGGCACUUUUACUUAACUAACUUGCUGUUGGAUAAGUUGAAAAAAUCAACGCCUAGUCGCAUCAUAAUUGUGACUUCUUCGUUACACGAGAAGGGCACGAUUGAUUUAAAAAAUUUGGAAAGUGGUAAAAACUUGUAUGCCAAUUCCAAGCUGGCCAAUGCGUAUUUCUGCAAAGAACUCUCAAAGAGGGUUAAGGAUACGGGGGUUAGUGUUUAUGGGGUUUGUCCAGGUUGGGUCUAUACAGCACUUUUCCGGCACUCCAUUCGUUGGUACCACUACAUCAUGGUGGCCCCCAUUGCCUACUUUUUCAUGCGGAGUCCGAAACAAGGAGCCCAGACCGUGAUUUACUGCGCAUCUGAGCCCGGACUUGAGCCGGAAUCCGGGUCGUUGUUCCGCAACUGUAGUUUGUACAAAUCCAAAGUAAAUUUUGAUGAGAAUCUCGGCCUGCACCUGUGGAAUGAAUCUGAGCGUUUGAUAAACCAAAAAAUGAAAUAGUCUUAAUAAUAAAGUGAGAAUUAGUAACA